AUUCACUAUUUGGAUCAAUAAAAAACAUUGAGCAAGUUGUCACAUUGUAAGGGAAUCAAUUAGUUAAUUUGUUAAUUGUGUGAUUAAAAGAUGGAUAAUUAUAUUAAUCUAAUUAUGGACAAAUUGCCUCCAAGUAUUCGAGAUGAUAAAUCAACACUGGUCGCUCUCGGUGUUACAUUACUUGUGCUAUUCGUGACUUUAAUUGUUUUAGGUUUUAUUUCUAAAUCUCGAAAAGGAUCUCGUGUUCUUUUACUUGGUCUUUCAGAUUCGGGUAAAACUGUUCUAUUCUCACAAUUGGUUGGUAGUAAAUCGGUUUCUACAUUUACUUCAAUGAAGCAAAAUGAGUGUCAACUUGUCCUUCCAAAAAGAUCUGUUGCUCUUAUUGAUAUUCCAGGGUUUGAAAGACUUCGUGAUAAAUAUUGGAAUGAUUUAAAGAAGGGUGUUCGAUCUAUCGUUUUCGUUGUUGAUUCUUAUCAAAUCACCUCGAAUAUCAAAGAUGUUGCUGAUUAUUUUUAUACAAUAUUAGCUGAUAAAUUGGUAAUUUCACAAAAGAUUCCAAUCUUGGUGGCAUGUAACAAACAAGAUAAGCCAAAAUCUAAAGCAGCGAAAGUUAUUCGUACUCUUCUUGAGAAAGAGAUUAACUCUAUUCGAGAGACUCGAGCUGCUGCUCUCGAAUCUACUGAUGGUGACAAUGAAAGAAGUCGAGUGAUUGGCUCAUUGGAUCGAGAAUUUAGUUUCAAUGAUCUAAAGAAUACAAUUGAUUUCGUUGAUUGUAUCGCAGAAUCAAAAGAAGACUCAUCCUGUCAGAUUGAAGACAUUACCUGUUGGCUAAAUAAAUUUUAAUAUCAAUUGUUUUCUAACAAAAA